CCUAUGGUUAAGCCUAGCAGUUUAUGUGUACAGGCAAUGCAUUAAUGUUAUUAUUAGCAAAAUUAAAUUUAGAAAUUAAAUUUACUUAUCAUAAGAAAAAAUAUGCAUAUGUUUAAUGUAACGUAGUAAUAUAUUAUUUCAUAUCAGGCCACUUGCUUAUAGCGCUUAUAACGUGAAAACAAUGAAGACAACCGGGUGUAUUAUUUUUAUAAUAACAUUAUUAGCACAUGUUUUUAAUGGCAUUGCAAAUCCAGAAAAACAAAGAGAAGAAAAGAAAUCGAAAGGAGUUACCACUUUCGUGAGUGCAAAAUGGGAAGCUACUCCUAUAGUAUUAGAGUUAGCUGAAUAUCUCUCUGGAGAGAGUGUAGAUUUGUUUUGGUCUUACGUUGAUGGUAUUAACUCCCUAAAAUCUAGUCUCUAUCUUUUGGAAACAGACAAAGAGAUUUAUGAUUCAUGUAUAGGCGUUGCAAGCACACUGCUGCCACCAGCUCAGUUGCGUAUGGCUAAGCUAGCACUGUCUAUGCACUUGAAUUCACCAACAGUUAGGAUGUUUGAUGAAAUUGCCAACCAAAAUGGAGCCAAAGUAGUGGCCUGUGAUGUAUUUGUAGCAAUUGCGUCUCGAAAGAUUUGCGAUAAUGAUGCAUUACGAGAUGUCCUUAAAUCUAUUGAGAAGUUUGAAGCUAAUGAUCAUAGAUUGGAGACAUACUUGUUAGAUCACACAUAUCCAAGCAGUGAUAACAGAACAAUCACUGCAAUAUUGUAUGGUGAACUUGGAAUGCCAGAGUUUUCGGUGAAGCAUAAAAUAUUAGCAGCCUAUGCUGAUAAAGGAGUUAUCAACUAUGUUGUGAGAUGGAAUGUUAAGCCAAGGGGUAAACCAAAACUCCGUUUAUCUGGCUAUGGUGUAGAACUGCAAUUAAAAAGCACAGAGUACAAAAGUCAGGAUGAUACAACUCCUAAGGAAAAUGAAGGUGAUACUUCAGUACCAUCAGAAGAAGAGGACGAAAAUGACCCGCAAAAUCAAAUAGAUGGAUUUAAUUUUGGAAGGCUUAAGAAUCUAUUCCCUGCACUCCGAACACCAUUGGAAAGGUUCAGACGUCACCUGUCUGAAAUGAGUGAAGAGUUAGAGCCCCUUAAAGUGUGGCAAAUGCAAGCACUCAGUAUGCAAGCUGCGGCUGCAGUUAUUGAUGCCCACGAUGCCGGUGGUGAUGAGGCCCUGCGAGUGCUUACGUCUAUAGCACAGAACUUCCCUAUGCAGACAAAAUCUCUUAUUCACGUGAAUGUACCGCGAUCUUUCCGUGACGAAGUAUUGUAUAACCAAGACGUGUGGGCAUCGUCGCUGGGCCUGCGACCGGCAGAACCGUUGCUUUUGGUGUCUGGAGCGCAAUAUGAUGCAGAAGAGGUUGAUAUUAUGGCGCUUUUGAAUUCUCUGAGAGAAGAUAUUGGACCAAUGAACACACUUCAUGCUUUAGGCCUAUCAAAGAAAUUAAUAAAUACACUAAUGACUUUGGAGUUGGGUGAGUCCUACACUUGGGAGGAGUAUGGGUUGGACAUCAGGGACUCUUCUAUAACCUGGCUAAAUGAUCUCGAAUCGGAUGAACGUUACCGACGUUGGCCCUCUUCAUUCAUGGAAUUACUGAGGCCAACAUAUCCUGGAAUGUUGAGGAACCUGAGAAGGAAUAUUUAUAAUUAUGUAAUAAUUGUCGAUCCAACUUCCGCAUCAUCUGCACCGCCAUUAAAACUAGGCGAAACUUUACUCAAGCACGCAACUCCGGUACGUGUGGGUAUCGUGUUAGCUCCCAACAACACGCCUCUGGGCAUCGCUGUACGAAGUGCUUUUAAUUAUGUCGCUCAGGAUAGAAACUCGAAUAGGGAAGCCUUUUAUUUCCUAACCCAGUUACUUAAUUCAUUACAAGAUGAAGAGUUGAGUGUGGAUCACUUGAAGAAACAGUUGAAGAAAUAUACCAGUGCAAAUGCUAAUAUAGAUGAGAUCACAUCAGAGGAUUCAGAGUAUAAUUUCGGUCACCAGCUCGCAGAGGAGUUUGUUUCGAAAUUAGGCACUGAAAAGUUCCCUCAGGUUCUAGUGAACGGAGUGCCACUACGGGACGAAGGGCCGGUAGCACUCACAUCAUCUGUGGACAGUUUGGAAGAAGCGCUAGUGACCGCGCUAUCGAGGCACACGAGCCGCCUGCAGAGAGCGGUCUUCAGGGGAGACUUAGCAGAUUCGGAUGAUGCCGUGGAUUAUAUUAUGAAACAACCGCAUAUUAUGCCGAGAUUAAAUCGUCGUAUUUUAGGCUCCGAUCCUACACAGUAUUUGGAUCUGUCUGGAAUAGCCUCUUCAACUGAGUUGUUCACGCAAGAUAAGAUACAUAAAAUUUUACAUUUAACAGGGCGUGACGCACUAGCUACUGCUUUGCCUAUAUUAAAAUACUUUGUGAAGUCUGAAAAAGCAGAAAAAAUUACACAAACCAUUUGGGUUAUUGGUGACCUGAACGAAAAAGCAUCACGGGAACUACUUAAAAAUGCAUUAACUUUUAUGAGAGAAUCUGGCGGAAUACGAGUAGCUUUCAUUCCUAAUGUUGAUGGACAGUCAAAUGUCGAUCAAUCGUUGAAUAAAGUGGUAUUAGCUGCACUAGCUGUGCUUGAGCCAGUAAAGGCUACUAAAUAUGUGGUUCAGUUGCUUGAAGAUGAAGGCUGCCAUGAGAGACAAGACUGCAAUAUAUUGCCAGAACUAGUGGGUGCAUUAAACCAACACGAGUGGGUACUUAAAGCGGCGCGCGUGCUAUGCGCCCGCAGUCUGCGGCUGCGGGCGGGCGCGCGGGCGCUCGUGCACAACGCGCGCAACAUCGGCCCGCUCGCUGCGGACGAACAGUUCUCGCUGGAGGACAUUGUAUUGCUAGAAAGAUACAGCAAUCAAGUGUACGGUGAAAAAUUAGCUGAAGUCUUUAAAAAGAAGAAGACAUCAACAAAUGAAGUGUUAGACGACGAUGACGAUGAUGUGGACUCCGUAGAGGUAACAACAGACGUGUACCUGAAAGUGAUAUCGGUGCUAGCGUCCCGAAGCCCGCGUGUGAGGACGCCGCUACCAGCCGGCUUGAGGACUGAACAUUCUUUGGUCGAGUUGCCUCCUGUUUAUUCUGAUGAAGCAGCUAUUGAGAUUGUAGCAGUAGUUGAUCCUGCGUCGAACGCGGCGCAGCGCCUCGCUCCGUUAUUGUUGGUGCUGCGGAAAGUCAUAAACUGUAGAAUCAAAUUAUUCCUCAAUCCUCAAGACAAAAACUCUGAUAUGCCGCUCAAAAGUUUCUACCGCUACGUGUUAGAACCGGAGCUACAGUUCACGUCGUCAGGCGCUAGUACGGGCGGUGCUAUAGCUCGGUUCAACCGUUUACCUCACGCGCCUCUACUCUCUAUGGAGCUACGGACUCCGCCCAACUGGCUCGUAGAGUGCGUCAAGUCGGUGUAUGACUUGGAUAAUAUACGACUGGCUGAUGUUGAAUCUUUGGUGCAUAGUGAAUUCGAGUUGGAAUAUUUAUUACUGGAAGGUCACGCAUGGGACAGUACUCUAGGCACACCGCCUCGUGGUCUGCAGCUAAUUCUUGGCAGUAGAGAUAAUCCAGAAACUAUGGACACCAUUGUGAUGGCUAAUCUUGGAUACUUCCAGCUCAAAGCCAAUCCUGGUGCUUGGAUAUUGAGGCUGAGACCCGGCCGUUCGGAGGAAAUUUAUGAAAUUGUAGGGCACGAUAACACAGAUACUCCCGCUGGCAGCCCUGAUAUACAGGCGCUGAUGAGUUCGUUCCGAAGCCAUGUUAUCAAGCUACGCGUAAGCAAGAAACAGGACAAGCAGCACCUAGAUCUUCUAGCUGAGAACGACGAUAAGAACUCUGGAGGCAUUUGGAACUCUAUUGCUAGUUCGUUUGGCGGUGGUGGCGAAGAGCAAGAAGCGCAAGAUGAGACAAUUAACGUGUUCUCAGUGGCGUCGGGACACUUGUACGAGCGGUUCCUUCGUAUUAUGAUGUUGUCUGUACUUAAAAAUACCAAAUCACCCGUGAAGUUCUGGUUUUUGAAGAACUACCUUAGUCCGUCAUUGAAGGACAUUCUGCCGUACAUGGCGGAAGAGUACGGUUUCUCGUACGAGCUGGUGCAGUACGUGUGGCCGCGCUGGCUGCAGCGGCAGCGCGACCGACAGCGCACCAUCUGGGGAUACAAGAUAUUGUUCCUGGACGUGCUGUUCCCCUUGCACGUGAAGAAAAUUAUAUUCGUUGAUGCUGACCAGAUUGUGCGGGCGGACCUUAAAGAACUAGUCGAUUUAGAUCUCGGGGGUGCGCCGUAUGGCUACACUCCAUUCUGCGAUAGUAGAAAAGAAAUGGAAGGUUUCAGGUUCUGGAAGCAGGGCUACUGGCGCAGCCACCUGCAGGGGCGCAGCUACCACAUCAGCGCGCUGUACGUGGUGGACCUGAAGCGGUUCCGGCGCAUCGCGGCCGGCGACCGCCUGCGCGGCCAGUACCAGGCGCUCAGCCAGGACCCCAACAGUCUCUCUAACUUGGAUCAAGACUUGCCAAACAACAUGAUACAUCAAGUAGCUAUCAAAUCAUUGCCUCAGGAGUGGCUGUGGUGUGAGACAUGGUGCGACGAUACCUCAAAGCAGUAUGCUAAAACUAUUGAUCUCUGCAACAACCCGAUGACGAAGGAAGCGAAGCUGUCAGCGGCGAUGCGCAUCGUGCCCGAGUGGCGCGAGUACGACAACGAGCUGCGCGCGCUGCAGGCCAGAGUGCGCAGAGGACUUUACCAGAGGAAUGACUCCGAUCAGGAGAUCGAACACAAUCAAGCAGAAGAAAUACCAGUUAAAGAAAGUAAAGAGCAACAGCAUACAGAGUUAUGAUGAAAUAAAUAAAUAAAUUUAGAAUUUUUGUUAUUCCAAUUAUCAUAAGGUUGACUGUGGGAGUGAAAGUUGUGUGUCAUACUGUUCUCUGUAUAAAGUUCUUCAUUUAUAAUGUGUAGUAUAUUAUCAUUUUGAAAAGUACUGAAAUUGUAUUUUGCUAUUUUUUAUAUUUGUCAUAAUUACUGUUCAUGUAUAAAUCAUGAAUUUUCAUCACUGUUACGGACCAAAUUAAUUCUUAUGAUUUGAAACUUGCAUUCAUAAUUGUUAACUUAAGUGCAAAAUGUGAUUUUUAGGCGAUAAGUGAAAUUUAUUUGGUUGCAGUAAAAAUUUUGUGAUUUUCAAAUUUUUACGAACACUAUUCUCUAACUAAAAUUCAGCGGCAAAUAAAUGUUUUAUCCGAAUUGAGUACCUAGUCCUACCUAGCAUCUCAUGAAUGUAUUUCUUUAUAUGUUUGGCUUCAUCCGAAAUCCUUUCACUCUUUGUAACUGAGAACUCUAAAAACGUGAAUAAAAAUCCAAGCUCGCAGUUUGCAGUGAAUAAAACUUUAGAAAAUA